CGACGUUGUCCAGACUGCCUCAGCGUCUCGACGAAGGAGGAGUUGUGGAGUAUGGUCCACCUUUGAGGCGAAGGAGGGGCCCGAACCAAGGCGGGUUCCCUCGUAACCUUGUCUAUUGUAUACGUGUGCGAGCGGGUGCGUUAAGUGUGUAAGCGUGUGAGUGUGUGCCGCGAGUCAGUGAACCGUCGCGUGGAGACCUUCCGCCCACAGUAAAGAUGGCGGCUCCCUGGCUGGAGAAUCUAUCGGAGUCUCUGGGUUCUCCGGAGCCUGCUGUUCGGUUAAUAUUGUCCAUUUUAGUUGGUUAUCCCUUUGCGGUGAUCUACCGGCGUUUCUUGUUCCACCAGCCCGCCACUGUUAUCCACUUGUUCCACACCUUCUCUGGAUUGGCCCUCGCCACGUUUAACUUUGGUUCCCAGAUCUAUCACUCGGCAGUAUGCGUCCUUGUCCAAUUCCUGAUGCUGAGGCUCAUGGGAAGGACAGUAACAGCCAUCCUGAGCAGCUUCACCUUUCAAAUGUUAUACCUGCUGGCAGGCUAUUACUACACAGCAACAGAAGAGUACGACAUAAAGUGGACGAUGCCUCACUGCGUCCUCACGCUCAAACUUAUUGGUUUGGCAUUUGAUUACUAUGACGGCGGGAAAGAACCAGGAGAGCUGAGCGCACAGCAGAAGAGCGCUGCCCUGCCGUGCGUGCCCUCACUGCUGGAGGUGCUCGGCUUCUCCUACUUCUACGGAGGCUUCCUGGUGGGCCCGCAGUUCACGCUCCGCAGCUAUCAAAAGCUGGUGGCAGGGGAGCUCAGCGACUGCCCAGGAAAGCCUCCAAAUAGUGUGGCAGCAGCUGUGAAGAGAUUCUCCCUGGGUUUUCUCUUUCUGAUUAUAUUUGCAAUAUUCAGUCCUCAUUACCAAGAGAGCUACUACCUGACAGAUGAGUAUGAUGCUCGUCCAUUCUGGUUUCGCUGCAUCUUCAUUCUGAUUUGGGCUAAAAUCAUACUGUAUAAAUAUGUCUGCUGCUGGCUCAUAGCUGAAGGCGUUUGCAUCUUGACUGGGUUGGGCUAUAACGGCGUGAGGGACGGCGAGCCCCAGUGGGAUGCUUGCGCCAACAUGAAGGUGUGGCUCUACGAGACCACGCCGCUCUUUGGUGGGACCAUCGCCUCCUUUAAUAUAAACACCAAUGCUUGGGCUGCCAGGCAGGUGUUUAAGCGGCUGAAGUUUUUCGGCAACAAAACACUGUCCCAUGUGUCCACUCUCCUCUUCUUGACCAUAUGGCACGGUCUUCACUCGGGAUACAUCAUGUGCUUCUCCAUGGAAUUUAUCAUCAUCACUGUUGAGCGACAGUAUCAGUCGCUGGUGCGGGACAGUCCAAUGCUGACUAAUUUGGCCGAGGGUCCCCUUUACCCGCUCAUAUACGUCAUCCAGCAGGUCAUACACUGGCUCUUCAUGGGCUACGCGCUGGUGCCCUUCUGCAUCUUCACCUAUGACAAAUGGCUGAAGGUGUACUUCUCUGUGUAUUUUUGCGGUCACAUCUUCUUCCUCGUAGCCUUUUUAAUGGCGCCGUACCUGCGGAAGGCGCUGGUGCCAAAGAAGGAACGCAGCCCGCACAAGCAGGAUUAAAAACUGGCUUCCCAAAGACUGCUCGGUCAAAAUAUCCACUGACGGGACCAGUAACUUUCAAAAGGAGUGGAAAGGAAAAUAUUUUAAGGCCUUUAGUAUAUAUAUAUAUAAUAUAUACAUUUGUCCAUGUGAAAAUAAAUCUCUAUAUUUUUGUGUAAAAAGUAAGGAGGCUUUUAUAAACAUUUUUGGAGAAACGUUUACAGGAAACAACCAUUGUGCCACACGGGCUAACUUGGGGUACCCGUCAGCAGCGACUUCCUGUAUUUUUUUUUUUUUUUAAAUCCUCUGAGAUACACCAUUUGCACUCAGCAGUCACGGGUCCGGAGCCUAUUUUUGGCCCCUAAUAUUAUUGCUGUUAUUAUUGUAAUGAUGUUUUUUUUCAUGUUUCUUAAUUUCUCCGUCUUCAAAUAAGAAAAGCUUCACUUUUGACGUGGAUUGAUACGACCACAACUGCUGCUCACUUGGAAGAACAGUUGAAUUGAUUGGUGUUGGUUUGUGACAUCGACACAAAAGCACUGUACUACACACAAAAGUAUCUCACAAGAGUGAGUGAGUACACGAGUCGCAUUUGUGUCAAUAUUUUAUACUUAUACUCAAUGGGACAACACUGAAGAAAUCACAUAUUGCUACAAUGUACAGUAGGCUGUUUACAGCUUGUAAAAAUUAAAAUUGUUUGCUGUGCACAACAAAAAUACUCCACACUUUGGGGUGGUCUCACUUUUGUUGCCAGAAGUUGAGACAUUAAUGGUUCUGUGUUGUUAUUUUGAGGGAACAGUAGAAAUUUACAGUUCCCUCAGAAUAACUAAAAAACAAAAUACUGUAUUUACUGUGCCCGCAAAAUAACUCGACAAAGCCAUUAAUUUCUAAUAUGCUGGCAACAAAAGUGACUGCACCUUUCAGCGAAACUCUCCAAAGUGUAGCUACAUUGUACAAGCCCCAAUUCCAAAUCAGUCUGCGUGUUGUGUGAAGCAUAAAUAAAACCAGAAUGCAAACAUUUAGCAAAUCCUUCUCUACAUAUAUUCAGUGAAUACACUACAAAGACAGGAUAUUUACUGUUAAAACUAAAAAAAAAACCUUAUUCACUAGUUUAGGAUUUUCUUUUUCCAACAUGUUCCAAAAACACUAUGUUGUCACCUUUCCAUUUAACAUCAUUUAAUAAGUGUUCGGCAGCCGAGGGCAGUAAUUGUUGAAGCUUCAAAAUGAGAGAAUAUUUGCACACACACAAAGUUUGAACAUUCAAUGUCUUUUUAGUGUUUUCAGUUUAAUAGAGGUUCAAAAGAACUUGCAAAUCAAUCCAUUCUGUUUUUAUUCACGUUUUACACAUUGUCCCAACCACUGGAAUUAGGGUUUUUAAGACCUUUCUUCAGUGUUGUCCAAUGAAUUCAAAAAUAUGAAUGUCGUCCUCACUUACGUGAGAUACCGUUCAUACACAACCGACUCAACAUUGCCUUGUGCUCAUGAAUGUUUUUACCAGUAAUUUGCUUGGGAUUAGUGUUGGGGAGGGAAAAAACAAUAAUAAUAAGGCUUGAUUUUAUAAACGCUCAGUGGAAAUGUUUUGUAAUUUGUAACUAGGAAAAUCACUCCUACCAUCCAUGGAUGUUCUUUUAUUUUAUUGGUGCAACUCCCUUUAAGUUUUAUGUUGGUUU